UUUAAUAGUAUCAAUAUUAAUUGGGAACAUAUAAUAAAUCAUAAAUAACUUGCUAAAGCUAUUCUUUUUGUGCUAUAUUUUCUGUUUUAGUCAAUAAAAAAAAUUAUCUUUUUAUAUUCAGCAAUAAUUAAUAAUCAGUCUCAAACUUUUCGUUUUAAAAAAAUUCUCUUUUUUUUUUUUUUCUUAUUAAAACUUAUAUUCAUAUCUGUUUAAAUAACAUUACAUAAAUCGAGACGAAGAUAGUAACUCUUUUCAAGGCCAAGAAAGGUACUUUAUGACUCUAUAUAAACUAUAGUCAUCCUUUCAAACAAAUUCUAUGAGCCUCAAAAUAUUUUUCUGACCAUUACCAAAAUGAUCAGCUCAUACCCUAAAACCACCGGCACCACCACUAUCACCACCGUUGACUGCCAUAAACAAGUCCGAUCGUGGAGGCUCCUCCGCUCUCUAGUGGAGCUACUCAUCCCCACUUGCAACUGCACUUUCGUUGAAAACGACAAAGAAAACUACAAGAAUAUUCCCUCCAACUUCAACUACAAUUACCAUCAUCAGUCAUCACUAUCAUCAUCAUCCUCCGUUAUGAUGGGGACCAUCUUUGGCUAUCGUCGAGGAAAAGUCAACUUUUGUAUACAAACAAACCCUAAAUCAACCACCCCUAUUAUUAUCCUUGAACUUGCUGUCUCCACUUCUACUCUCGCCAGGGAAAUGCGAGGAGGUAUUGUGAGAAUUGCUUUGGAGAGUGGUAAUAAUGGUGGAAAUCAAUCCAUUUUGAGAAUGUAUUGUAAUGGGAUAAAAGUAGGAUUUGCUGUGAAAAGAAAACCUACAAAAAGUGAUUUACAAGUAUUGGGACAAAUAGAAUUAAUAAAUAUUGGAGCAGGGAUUAUUAAUGGAAAAGAGAAUACUAAUUGUGAUGAUGAUAUUAUGUAUCUCAGAGGAAAAUUCGAGAGGGUACAUGGAUCUUAUGAUAACUCAGAAUCAUUUCAUUUGAUUGACCCUGAAGGAAGUAUGGGCCAAGAAUUAAGUAUUUUCCUUCUAUCCUCUCGUUGCUGACGUGUUUGGGACUGGGACGUAUAUAGUUGACAUAGUCCUCCUCAAUUAUUGCAUGUAUGUAUGAGGAUCAG